AUGUCUCACCUCAGAUACUACGCCUACGAGAAUACCGGCGUUCGAAACCGGGAGAACUUCUGGUACAACCAAGCCGUCCGCGUUGGAGACCGGAUUGAAUGCGCCGGCCAAGGCGGAUGGGACCCCAUCACCAGCGAGUUCGCGCGAGAAAUCAACGCCCAGAUUGACCUGGCCUUUGCCAACGUUGAACGAUGCCUAAAGGAUGCUGGCGGCAAGGGCUGGUCGCAGGUCUACCGUGUGAACUCGUACCAUGUCCCAAUAAACAACGAGGCUCUGGACGCCAUGGUACGAAACUUCAAGAAGUACAUGCCCGACCACCAGCCUAUUUGGACUUGUGUGGGGGUUACGAGACUGGGUGAGGAUGAUAUGCGUGUGGAGAUUGAGGUUGUUGCGCAUGAUCCUGAGGGUGCAAAGGCGGCCGCGGAAGAGAAGUAA